AUGAAGGUACAAAGUGCUUUCCUCUGGAUCCUGGGCACACUGCUGAUCCUGUCCUUAGGGCAGAGUCUUGGUCUCAGGAGAUGUCUCAUUUCUGUGGACAUGCGCCAUCUAGAAAGGAGUUUCCAGGAAAUCAAAAGGACUUUGCAAAACAAGGAUGUCUUCCAAAAUGUCACCAUCUUGUCCACACUGCAAAGUCUGCAGGGCAUUAAGCCCAUAGAUGUGUGCUGCGUGACCAGGAACCUCCUGGCAUUCUACAUGGACAAAGUGUUCAAGGAUCAUCAGGAGCCAAACCCCCAGAUCCGGAGACAGAUCAGCAGCAUUGCUAACUCUUUCCUCCACACGCAGAAAACGCUGCAGCAAUGUGAGCAGAGAUGGUGCCACUGUAGUCAGGAAGCCACCAAUGCCACUAGCAUCAUCCAGGACAACUACGAUCAGCUGGAGGUCCGUGCUGCCGCCAUUAAAUCCCUGGGUGAGCUUGACAUCUUUUUAGCCUGGAUCAACAAGAAUCACCAGGAAACUUCCCAUGUUCAACACCAAGUUCCUGUGUAAUUAUCCAAGAAUGAACAUCUCCGGAGAGGUUUCUUAUGAUUAUGGCAGACUUUAAAAGGGAGAAGCCUCCCUGCUGAUUUGGGAGUCUCUCCUUUGGGGUUAGGGAAAGAAAAUGAGUUUGGGCCAAUCUCACCCUGCAAAUGAAAAAUCUCAUGGGCUGGUCUCCGGCUGUCUGAUCCCACCUGAAAAUAGCCAAGUAGUCUGUUAUUUUAUUUAUAAUGACCUAUACCUUCCAGGUUCUGGGAGCUAGCCUGGAAGGAAAUGAUCCGAUUCCCAUUAACUUAUUGUAAAGUCAUGUCUUCUGUAGUUUACGUGGGGCCGACUGACUUGUCUGAAUAAACGCCAUGCUUUA